AUGAACUACCCUCCACUUUUACCCCGCGCUCCAACCAACCCAUCAAAUGAAGCAGUCCCUACUCCCGCACCCAAAAGACGCGCUGUCGCUGUCGCUUGCGACUCAUGCAGGGGCCGAAAAGUCAGGUGCACUGGCGAGUUUCCUACAUGUGUUGCGUGUCAGCGCCGUGGGGGCGAGUGCCGCUAUGCUGAUAUUGCUAACGACCGUGAAAUGCACUCGAAUCAGCUCAAAAGGAGGGUCAAAGAGUUGGAGGAUGAAAAUAGAGGCUUUAGAACUUUGUUCGAGAGUUUGAGGACUCCAGGCGGGAGGACGAACCAGGAGAUAUUGCAGAGCAUACAGGCCGGUGAUGAUUUUGGUACCGUCGUUGGACACACUCGAGAUCUGGACAACGGGAAGCGGAAACGAUCCCCGUCGCCGAGUUCAACAGCUAGACAACGGCCAUCUGAGUGGACGACUGUGCGGGGAAUUUUACCCAGAACACCGAUGGCUUCUCCUGCAGCAAUCUAUCCUAUCGUGCUGCCUAUUCCCGCCUCACCAUCUCCGCCUCCCUUUCCCUCGCCCCCCAUUGAUACACCAAGCUCACCGAAAGAUGCUAUCCUUGGCCUAUUGACGCUCUCCCAAGACGUGAAGCCGGAUCUCGUCUUGCUCAAUGAAGCCCGCCCCAAAGAACAUUGCGAUCUUCGCUUAAACGACCUUUCCGUCUCGUUCUGGACACGUGUACCGAUCAGUAACCGAUCCGCAUCGACGCUCAUCUCAGCUUUUCUCGAGACAGACAACUCGGCUGUUGGCUUCAUUGACAAGGACUUGUUCGUCACAGAUUUGGUACAGCACAACCCGACAUUCUGCUCCGCCUUUCUCGUCAACUCAAUACUGUACCUCGCUUGCUUUGCGCACACCGCAUCCGACGGUAGAGCAGCUACACUCGCACACAGCUUUUUUAACGACGCAGAGCGACUGUAUCGCGCGGAAAGGUUAUCUGACAGUCUCACGACCCUAGCAGCCAUCAACAUAUUCAGCUUAGGGUGCUUCUCUCAUGGGAACGACAACUUGGGCCAGGAUCUCCUCUUAUCGGGACGUCAGAUGGGGAAACGUAUGAAUCUAUAUGGUCUUGAUCCUACAAGCUCAGAGGUGAGGGGGUUCCAGGAGUUAUCAUCUGAUAGUCCAGCGUCGCAAGCCUCCUGGGGGACUUUUAAUUGGUUGACGGACGUGAACUCAAACUUUACUGAUUGA